AUGUCUCUCGAGCUGGAGUACCGCAACACGUUUAUCUCGGUCCAGGAGGAGCCCAUGGUGCAGCUGAAACGCCGAGCCUCCAGCGUCCCUCCAAGGCUUGGGCGUGCUGGGCCUGAGCCCGUGUGCCCAGCCCAGGAGCAGGAGGUGGAGGACGGGCUGUAUGUGCAGUCUCUCCAGAAGAAGUUGGCGCCCGUCUUCGCUUGCGAGGUGGAGCUCCAGUCCACUGCAUCCACCGAAGAGAUCGCAACGGCGAACGCGCCUUCAGAGGAGAUACCUUCUGAGGGGGAUGAGUCGCCGAAGGAGGGCAAACCGAAGUGCAAUCCUGGAAGUGCGGGACACCCCGAGCUGUGCCGCCGCCCUUGCAUUUACUUCGCACUGGGCAAGUGCAGCAACGAGGCUGACUGCAACUUCUGCCACUUGUCUCACAGCAAUCGCUCUGCGACAUUGGACAAGAGCCAGCGACAGCUCAUCAAGGAGAUGAGCCAACACGAGUUCCUGUCCAUGGUGUUGCGAUGCCUGCAGUCGAAGGCUGCAGAGGGACAAUUUGAGCUUGACGCGGAAGACGUGUUGCAGCUGUUCCAGGUGCAGAUCGCCCAGAUGAGGGCAACUUCCAGCAAGGUGGCCAAGACCAAAGUCAUGAACCUCGAAAGAGCUCUUUCCCGGAUGACCUUCUUCAGCAUUGCCAGCCUCACCUCUCGCAUGAACCUCAGCGCCAGCUUCCUUGACGCGUGCAAGGAGAAGGUCGGUGAGCUGAGACAGAGGCUUGCAUAG